AUGGGCGAGCCUCUGACCAACGGCGAGAAGCCUUCCUCGCACUUUGUCUCUCAUCUGUCGUCGUAUCCCGUCGUCUCGGAUCUGAUCAGCACCUACAAGUCCAACCCCUACGGCCAGAAGUCGCUGGACCUCAGCAACGCCGCCUACGACCGCUUCGGCAAGCCCAUCGUGCCCUACCUGUCCAAGCCCUACGGCUUCGUCGCGCCCUACGUCCAGCGCGCCGACAGCCUGGCUGACAACGGCCUGAGCGAGGUUGAGAAGCGCUUCCCCAUCGUCAAGGAGGAGACGUCGACCAUCAAGACCAAGGUCGUCGACGUCGCAUACUUCCCCCUGCGUAUCGCUGGCCAGGGCAGGGACUACCUGCUCAACACUUAUAACGAUGAGUACCAGAAGACGGGAGGCAACGGGCUUAUCACCACCGCCAAGGCCGUCAUUAGCACCGAGCUCAAGGUCACGGUUGACGUCCUGCACCUGAUCGCAGACUACCUGGGCCCUAAGAAGGAGGAGGCGAAGAAGUAUGCGCACGAGAAGGUGAACAACUAA